AUGAUGGUUGUUAGAAUCGGAUUAUCUUCUUAUAACAUAGCUCUAUUCCAUUUAAUAAAUCAUGCUUUUUAUAAAGCAUUAUUGUUUUUAGGUGCGGGUAGUGUUAUUCAUGCUGUAGCUGAUAAUCAAGACUUACGUAAGUACAGUGGUUUAAUUAAUUAUUUACCAUUAACAUAUUCAGUUAUGCUUAUAGCAAGUUUAAGUUUAGUUGCUUUCCCUUUCAUGACAGGUUUUUACAGUAAAGAUUUUAUUCUAGAAUCUGCUUAUGGACAAUUUAGUUUUUCUGGGGCAGCGGCUUAUAUAAUAGCUACUGUGGGUGCGGCAUUUACAACUUUAUAUUCUGUUAAAGUUUUAUACUUAACUUUUUUAGCUAACCCUAAUGGUACUAGAGCUUAUUAUAGACUUGCUGUUGAUAACUUGUUUACUAACUCUAAAAGCUAUAAACCUGCUCAUGAAGGAGACUUUUUCUUAACUUUACCUUUAGUUAUAUUAGCAUUAUUUUCUAUAUUCUUUGGUUUCAUUACUAAAGAUAUAUUUAUAGGUAUGGGUUCUAACUUAUUUGUAGAUAAUAGUUUAUUUAUUCAUCCUAUAUAUGAAAUAAUGAUAGAUACUGAAUUCGCUGUACCUGUUUUAUUUAAAUUAUUACCUUUCAUAUUUACUAUAUCUUUUACUGUAAUAGCCUUAAGUUUAUCAGAAUUAUUAUCGGAAUUGGUUAUUUAUUUUAAAUUAUCUAGAUUUGGUUAUAAUAUUUUUGGUUUCUUUAAUCAAAGAUUUUUAAUUGAAUUUUUUUAUAAUAAAUAUAUCACAAAUUUAGUUCUGAUUUUAGGAGGGCAACUUACUAAGGUUUUAGAUAAAGGUAGUAUAGAGUUAUUUGGACCUUUUGGGUUAGAAAAAGGUUUAAUAAAAUUAAGUAAGAAUAUAUCAUCUUUAAGUACAAGUCAUGUGACAACUUAUGCAUUAUAUAUUUUAAUUGGUUUAGUUAUGUAUUUAGUUUUCAGUUAUAAUCAAUUUAAUAUACCGCUUAUUUUAAUAAUUUCACUUUUAUUAAUAGGUGAUAAUGGUAAAAAUAACGCAGAGACUUUAUCUAGUGGUAUAAAUUAUUAUAAUAAUAAAAACUAA